UCUAAUCCUUAGAAAAGUCUUUAGUUCAUGCGCAGUUUCGUAGAUUGGCUGGUUUGCCAUGGUCUUGCUAGAGGCCUUUGGCCUUGCAUCGGCUGAGCUAUUUCAAUACAACCGCGAGAAUUUUCAGUUCGACAAUGAACAGAGAAUCAGCAGAGAUGUGCAGAAGUACAAGAUGCAGGUGGAGCGUUUCGAACUUUUCCGUGAGGACAUUGAAGACCUUGUCAAGCUCACCGUGGACAAGAUGGAUAUGUACCACUUGGUCUCAGCAGUGGUACUGGGUUUCACCACAAGCAUCUUCACGGAGGGUCGCAUUUGGGGAGCCUCGCCCCCCUCCUACAUUGCAACCUACUUCAUGACUAUAGGAUGUGGUUGGCUAUACCUUCUCAUGACGGUCUGGCUCAGCAUGUAUGCGUCAAUCUCCUCCCACAGCUUGGGCGUGCGACUUCGGACCCGCUACGUGCGUUUGCCGAUUCCCAGCAUGGAGCAGCUCUACGGCAUCUCUUCGAAGCUUCAAGAGUUUGAGAAGCAGGGACUCCAAAAGAUGUUCCGCUUACCCUUCGGUCCACAGGGCACCCCACAGUGGGAUGCGCCACGUGCCGGGGUGGCUGCACCUAGCAUGCUGCCGCCAGGCAGCUCUGAUGGCCCAACUGCUCAAGAACGUCCGCUGCAUCAUUCAAAUUCAAUGACUUCAGAGGACCUCCUAGGCAAGGGCGAGGCUGGCUUCGGAAGACAAGAGGUGCUAACAAGUGCAGCGUCCACUGCUCCAGCACAACAUGUACAGAUGUUUCGCAAGCUGCAGUCAAAGUGGCAGUGCUUUGAUGCCUAUGCUCGUGUGAGUAUGAGCUUGGGCGUCUACCAGAUCGUACAGGCCAUCAACCUGUUUGUUUUGGGCCUCACUUUGGUGGAGACCCAUUGUCCUUCAGUGGCUUUUGCAGUAACGCUGACGUUGCAAGCCGUAGCGUUGGCUCUGAAUUUUUUGGACUUGGCUGGAAUGGAGCUGUGGCAGUGGGCUUUUAUGCUGAUCAUUUCUAGUGGGUGCUCAGUCACUACGGCCUUCUCUCUUACAUAUGCCAAGUUAACGGACGAGCGUCUGCCAGAUCCCACAAAGCCUUUCCCGGCAGCCCCCAUUGCCUUCUUUUUCCAGGCUCUCCACUUCCAUGUUCUGUUGAUCCUGGCCAGUCCCAGCGAUUCAUCUACCUCGUUACCAAGGCGGUUCAGGUCGGUCCUCUUUCUGGACGUUUUUGGUGAUGCCAGCUACGACCCGACAGAUGCAGAGCAUUCGCUUCCACGGUCAGUGGAGGAAGGUAGCAUGUCUGGCGCCGCCGAACGAGUCGAGAAGGCGACUGCACUGGCAGACUGCUGGGACAAGGGCAAGAUGGCACAAAUGGCGUUGCGAAGAUGGGAGGCGAUUCCUGAGUUCCACAUGGCGAAUGAGGAUGCGGAGACGUUGUGGCAGUACAGGAAACAGUUCACCGUUUGGCGCAAGGCCUUGAUGGUCAGUUGGAACGAGAACGAGAGAAUUCCAAUCCCAUCUGAGGUGAGGGACAGCCUGGAGUUGAAGGGUUGGUCAGAGUUAAGCGCCAUCGAGAAGAGCGAAGAUGUCUUCACCGGCACUCUCAUUGGCCCUCUGUACGGGAAUGGGCAGCAAGGGAGCAGGGGCUACUACUACGACCUGGAGAAGGGUGAAAGUAUUUUUGGCACUCAGGGUGCCCAGUCGUUGAGUCUCAAAGAGGUGGCUGGUUGGGUGACGACCUUCCAGCGGGCCGUGCAGGGGCUUUUGGCCUUGAGUGAAACACCUGACGACGAUGGUGCGGGCAGCUCAAACAGUCCCCAAAACCAGGUGCCAAUGACCCGUCGCCGCUCCUUCACCAAGUCCAUGACAACCUUCUUUGGGCAGACUCGUCUGCCAGGCCAGGUGGACAAUCUACCAUGGAGAGUGUUGCUGCGGCUCACCCAGGUCCUCGAAUGCUGUUGGAUUUUCUUGGGCAUCAGUGAAGGCCUUUGCAACUGGUUCCAGCCAACCUUCGGAGUGGAUAUCUUCCGCUCACACUGGGGCACGGGCACUACGGCUGACACCGUUGAAAACAGAGGUGACGAGGAGUCCGAGCAAGUUCAAGAUGAGCAUGAAAGCCAUGAAAGCCAUGAAAGUCCUGGAAGUCCUGGAAGUCAUGAAGGUCUUGAAGGUCAUGAAGGUCAUGAAAGCGAAGGGCCCGCCCGUCGCCUGCGAAUUACAACUGGCUGGUCGCAGCAGAUCAAGCAGGUGGUCUCCAAGUGGCCACACGGCCAAUUCUUCCGGCCGGAGGUGCUCACUUGUUCGGGGAGGCGAGUCCUUGCAGCGACCGCCUUCGCAAUGUAUCAGUCUUCCGAUGGAUUUGGGACAGCGCCUCUUCUGUGGCAGGCCUUGCCCAGAAAAGACUUUCCAGCUGCUGUACCCCUUUGCCAAGAUGAUGUUCCCGUGGAGCAAUGCUUCUUCGCACGGCCGCAUGGAGAUGGACAGCUUGCUGUGUGGCCAGCAGCCAAUCAUAGUGCAGAAGAUAUCCUGGAGUUGCCUUCAAGGCGUCCAUGGCAGCACUUCACAGGAGUGCAAUUGCCUUGCGGUGAACAUGAGCCACAUCGGAGAUGUUUACUGCUGGCGGGAUGGGAUGGCGAGCGCUUGCCAGUCCUGUGGAUCCAUGGGCAAGAGCUGACGCCCAGCUUUGAUCUUCCGCUGCCAUCGGUCGAAACUUCCAAUGCAGUGCGCGCCAUGCAUUUGAAUUCUGCCGGUCAACUGUGGCUUUUGCUGGGCAAAGAGCUGAUGGCAUGGGAUGUAUUGCGAGGCGAAUACAUUGGCCGGUGGCAGCCUGAUUGGCAAGACUUCACGCCUCGCCUCCUUUGCGCUGGGCGACGCUUACUGGUUGCCGGCACCAGAAGCGAAAGCAAUGGCUUUGAGUUGCCGAGCCUGCUGGCUUUGAAGCCCUUUGUAGAGCUGCAUGCGUGAACCACGACUGUCCAAAGUUGCGCUCGUAGGGUCAAACUCGGACAUGUUCGGCACAUGAAUUGCAG